GCAGCCAUGAACGGGACGGAAGGCCAAAAUUUCUACGUGCCCAUGUCCAACAAGACGGGGGUGGUGCGGAGCCCCUUCGAGUACCCCCAGUACUACCUGGCUGAGCCCUGGAAGUUCUCGGCGCUGGCCGCCUACAUGUUCAUGCUGAUCCUGCUGGGCUUCCCCAUCAACUUCCUCACGCUCUACGUCACCAUCCAGCACAAGAAGCUCCGGACGCCGCUCAACUACAUCCUGCUGAACCUGGCGGUGGCCAACCUCUUCAUGGUCUUCGGUGGCUUCACCACCACCCUGUACACGUCGAUGCACGGGUACUUUGUCUUUGGAGUAACGGGCUGCUACAUCGAAGGCUUCUUCGCUACCCUGGGUGGUGAAAUUGCCCUCUGGUCACUGGUCGUCCUGGCCAUUGAAAGAUAUGUCGUGGUCUGCAAGCCCGUGAGCAACUUCCGCUUCGGGGAGAACCACGCCAUCAUGGGCCUCGCGUUAACCUGGGUCAUGGCCUUGGCGUGCGCGGCCCCCCCUCUGUUCGGCUGGUCCAGGUACAUCCCCGAGGGCAUGCAGUGCUCGUGCGGGAUCGACUACUACACCCUGAAACCAGAGGUCAACAACGAAUCCUUCGUCAUCUACAUGUUCGUGGUUCACUUCACGAUCCCGCUGAUGGUCAUUUUCUUCUGCUACGGGAACCUGGUCUGCACCGUGAAGGAGGCAGCCGCUCAGCAGCAGGAGUCCGCCACCACCCAGAAGGCAGAGAAGGAAGUGACCCGCAUGGUCGUCAUCAUGGUCAUCGCCUUCCUCAUCUGUUGGCUGCCCUACGCCAGCGUCGCGUUCUACAUCUUCACCAACCAGGGCUCCGACUUCGGGCCCAUCUUCAUGACCAUCCCAGCCUUCUUUGCCAAGAGCUCUGCCAUCUACAACCCCGUGAUCUACAUCGUCAUGAACAAACAGUUCCGCAACUGCAUGAUCACGACCCUCUGCUGCGGCAAGAACCCGCUGGGCGACGAGGACACGUCCGCCGGCAAGACAGAGACGUCCUCGGUCUCCACCAGCCAGGUGUCCCCUGCGUAG